AUGACCGCCGCUACUCUCUCUCCCACCAAGGUUGUCCUUCUGGCUGCGCAUCUUGCAACUCGCGCCGACAUCGAUAGCCUCUCCUACCUUGUCUCUAGACACGGCAAUGUUUUACAAAAGGACCUAGUCCUUCGCAUCCUCCUCACUUAUUUUCCCGAAACCAUACCAUCUCAUACCUACGUCCCCUUCUUACAAGAGCUCGCUUCAGGCGACUUCGCCGGCUACGAUCCUAUCGACAUCGAUUCGACCGCUGUUGAUGCCUUGACCGAGAACGAAGCUUCCAAACAGACCGAAGUGCGGGAGAAUCUUCAUCUUGUUGGAAGAGACAUGAGGGGUAUGGUUGGCCCUUGGCUCCAGGACCCAACCAAAUGGACGACGUUGCCCCCAGAUGGGACAGAGUUAGAUGGCUUGCCACCCUUCCCGAGCCUUGAAGCGGUUCUCGAGUGGCUCACCCAACAAGCAUCCAAGAAUUGGCGCCUCGCGGUUGAAGUUAUUCGGCAGUGGCAAGGGCCUAUUGACUCCGAUUUUGGCGAUUACGAUGAAUCUAGUUGGUCCGAAACGCAGCAACAAUACCUGCAACGGCGCUAUUUGCGCGCUGCACUAGCCGCCGCCUAUCUGAUCAAUGAACCAACCGUAGAUGCGAUAUCUGGCGUCCACAACAUUGCCUGUCGUAUAGCAUCUAUCCUUGGUGUUAAAGAGCCUAACCCUCUGGAAACAUCCGCAAUUGUCGCUCUUGAUUUCACCGACGUUGACUCCAGGGACCCAGCUGCCACCAAGUUUGUGUCACAUAUGCGCAAUAAUUCGUUGGAGGAAUCCAAUCCGAUCACGAACCCAAAUCUGGCCUCCGUCCGGCGACUCAGUGCGCUGACUAGCAGUGCUUUUCUCCUAUCCAGCGCAGGCCUUUCCUGCUCAGUGCGAAGAGCGGGUGAUCUAGUCUUCCUCCGGGAUGCGAGGGAGCAAAAAUCCGAGGCAGUGAAGUUUAUAAACGCUGUUGCCCGCCGUGCGUCUCAAAAUAACGAUGAUAGAUAUUGGCUUGUUGCUAGAGACGAGCUCUUCUGGUUGUGGUCUUGGAGUGCUGCCGAGACGGGUCCCGCACCUCCCCAAGCUGGUCUCGGCGUUUUCGGAGCUGUCGGUUGGCAGUUUCUCGAGACCGAAUUCUUGAAGGCGCUUCUUGUGGCUACGCGAUAUGGACUUGCUCAAACUAUCUAUGAGAAGCCUGGGCACAGCUUGCUCGACCCGGCUGUUCUUAGAGACACUGUCGUCACGGCUGCCAUGAACGCGUUUGACAAUGCAUCGAACCCGAACAGAACGCGGGGCGGACUGAAGAGAUGCGAUGACAUUAUCCGCGCUUUCCCUAAGACUUUAGGAAAAGCUUCACCAGCCUUCAAACAAAUAGACUCAUUAUUGAAAGCAACACACGCGCUAAGCCAUUACCGUCUGGUCUUGAAGCAGGGUGAGCCGUUCAGCCCCGUCGUGCUCAGAGUCCACUCGGAUCCCAUCUCUAUCAUUGCGAAGGUGUUGGAACAAAACCCGAAGAGCUACACCAAAAUUCAAGACUUCUUGGAAGUUGGCGCCAACAUGGUUCGUGCCGGGCUGUACGCAAGCAAGACGCGGAAAUCCGACACGGAUGAUCAGCAGAGCACAUUACUGUUCAUGAGCGAGAAGCGGGUGACAUCAAUGUGUAUUGAAGCGGCGCUACGAGAGGACGACUUCGAAACUGCCUAUUCAUACGUCGCAAGCCGUCUGGCUACGACGGCUCAACUACCUACUACCUCAGACCUAGCUGGCAAGUCCCCUGCGCCACUUGAUGAUUGGUCAUGGAGGGCAGCACUCCAAGCAGGGCAAUACAUUCGGACCGCUCAAACGAUCCAGCCAACCCACCUCGGCACAGCGAGCGGGAACCUAGACAUCCGCCAUCUUGAACAGCGUGUCGAAUGUCUCGCCACCGCUCUGCGCAUCGCGCCCUCGUCGCAACUCCACGAAAUCCUUAAAACGUUUCGGCGCUGUGAAGAGCAGCUCGAUUCUGCCAUUAAGGAGGAGGCUGCGAAGGAAGCUGCUUGGGAUGCGGCGGGAGAUUUGCAUUCGCCGGGCAUCCCCGGCGCCUUUACGCCCGGCACCACCGAAUCACGGGCCGUGCCGCCAUCUGCGAGUACUUCUCGUGAGGCUGAUGAUGUGCCUAUGUCUCUCUUCGACUUGUCACGCGCGACAGCCCGCGUCGCUCAAAGAAACCUGAGCGUCCUAUCGAGUCUAGGCUCCAGUAGUGGGGGGCAAGAACCGGAACCCGAGCCGACUCACAAGGACGAUCAUAGAACACGAAAGAGAGAUCAGCUGAGGGAUGCUGCGAUGGGAACGUUGGUGUCUGGUGUCGGCUGGCUGAUCAAUGCCCCUGCCAACCGCACAGAUGGAUAA